AGAAAUAACACAGACAGAGGGUUCCAUCGGGAGGAGGAGGUGGAGGAGGAGGAGGAGGAGGAGAUGGAGAGGAUCGACAACAGAUGGGUGUCGACGGCGGCGAGCAUAUGGAUACAGUGCGCCACUGGCGCCUCCUACACCUUUGGCAUCUACUCCUCCACCCUCAAGUCCUCCCAGUCCUACUCCCAAUCGACCCUCGACACCGUCUCCGUCUUCAAGGACAUCGGCGCCAACGCCGGCGUCCUCUCCGGCCUCCUAUACUCCGCCGUCGCCUCCUCCUCUAGCUCCAACCGUCAUCUCCUCGCCCCCGGGCCCUGGCUGGUCCACCUCGCCGGUGCCAUCCAGUUCUUCGUCGGGUACUUCCUGAUCUGGGCCGCUGUCGUGGGGCUGAUUCCCCGACCGCCGGUGCCGGUGAUGUGCCUGUUCAUGUGGGUUGCGGCGCACGCGCAGACGUUCUACAACACGAGUAAUGUCGUCAGCGGCGUUCACAACUUCUCGGAUUACAGUGGGACUAUUGUGGGCAUUAUGAAGGGCUUUCUUGGUCUCAGCGGAGCGGUGCUUAUCCAAGUCUACUACACCUUAUUCAAGAACGAGCCGAGCAAUUUCAUCCUUAUGCUUGCCCUCUUCCCUACCGCUGUCUCCCUCUUGCUCAUGCUUUUUGUGAGGAUCUAUGAUACAAAUGCAAGAGGCGACAAGAAACACCUGAACAGCUUCUCGGCAGUUGCCCUGACUAUCGCUGCGUAUCUCAUGGUUCUGAUCAUCCUCGAAAAUGUCCUCACUUUGGCUGUAUGGUUCCGGAUCAUCACAUUCUGCGUUCUUCUCCUCCUGAUUUUCUGGCCACUCAGAGUCGCGGUUGCGGCUAUGAGGCAAGAACGUAUAGAGUCAGACAGAUUUCUACUUGAGACGAACCCUCUAUUAAGCAGCUCUCGGUCUGAACCCGGGAAGGAUACUGAAGAGGCUCCCUCCCAAUAUCCUGCCAGUUCAAGCAAUGCAGCAAUUCAGAAUACAAGAGAAGACAUGAAUAUAAUACAAGCCAUGUGCACAGGAAACUUCUGGCUGUUAUUCAUAGCAAUGGUGUGUGGUUUGGGCUCUGGCCUUGCGACUAUAAACAACAUAAGCCAAAUCGGAGAAUCUCUGGGGUACACGACCGUGGAAAUCAGUACUCUGGUCUCCUUACUUAGCAUAUGGAACUUCCUCGGCCGUUUUGGGGCUGGUUUUAUCUCUGAUAUCUUGCUUUAUCGAAAGGGGUGGGCGAGGCCAUUGCUGAUGGCUAUCAUGUUGUUUAUUAUGACGGGUGGUCAUGUUAUCAUUGCCUCUGGUUUUUCAGGAAAUCUUUACAUUGGUUCGACCAUCAUAGGUGUUUGUUAUGGUUCUCUAUGGUCAUUGAUGCCCACAAUCACUUCCGAGAUAUUUGGGGUGGGCCACAUGGGAACGAUCUUCAACACUAUUGCGAUAGGAAGCCCUGUCGGAUCUUAUAUUCUGUCUGUGAGGGUAAUCGGUUAUAUCUACGAUAAGGAGGCGACUGGGGAUGAUGAUUCAUGUUAUGGGACCCAUUGCUUCAUGCUGUCAUUUCUGAUAUUGGCGUCUGUGGCCUUCUUCGGCUUCCUCGUUAACUUGGUGUUGUUCUUCCAGACAAGGAGUUUCUACGAGCAGGUCCUCCAUAGAAGAUCGAAACAUUUACAGGGUCACGGGAGAUAAAACCGAAUACGGCGUUAAAUAAAAUCCUCGUAACUGCAAAAUUUUGUUGCAAUGCAUCACAUCUCCCAUCAAUCAACGGCUUCUGAUUUUCGAGGGUAGGAGUGAUUCAUUGCAUCAUGUAUAUGUUCUUUUGCAAACUGCUCUAUUUGCAGUUCUCCUCCUGCAGUGUUCAUGUAGAGUCCUCAAUUUCAGAGUUUGUUCUGUUCUAAAGAUUGUUCAAAUUCAAGGCAUGACGUCUGUUCUUUCGGCGCGGUGUUUUUGUUAA